UGUUUGUUGCUUAAAGCCUGCUCUCUCUCUCCUUCUUCUUUUCUCUCUUUCUCUCUCUAAGAUAAUAAUCCAUCAGCCAGCUCCCAUCUGAAAGGAAUUGCAAGCUAACAGCUUAGAGUGAGAAAGACAGGGACAGAGAGAGAACAAAAAGGCCCCCCAAAAAGAAAAAAAAAAAAAAAAAAGAAAGAAAAAUCAAGAAAAGGAGAAGAGAGAGUCCCACAAGUGACUGGAAACUGAGGGUCAUCUACAGAUAGAUAGAUGUACUAGGCUACCCCCCACCCCCUCUCACCGAGAUAUAUUACUUGUAUAUGAUCAUGGAUGGUAAUGGAAAUUCGAUGCAAAGGUCUAAUUUUCCUUUACAACUGUUAGAGAAAAGAGAUCAACAGCAUGAAGAAGCUUGUUGUAGCUCCAAUUUCCCCAUUUCUGGUACUACUGAUACUAAUUCUUCAGCCCAACAAGAACAGCCUAACAAGAAACCUCAGCCUAAAAGAACUUCCACCAAAGAUAGGCACACUAAGGUCGACGGGCGUGGCCGCAGGAUCCGCAUGCCGGCCACUUGUGCCGCCAGGGUUUUUCAGCUCACUCGAGAGUUGGGCCACAAAUCUGACGGCGAAACUAUUGAGUGGCUGUUGCAACAGGCGGAGCCGGCCGUGAUCGCUGCCACUGGCACCGGAACUAUCCCUGCGAAUUUUACUUCGCUUAAUAUUUCAGUGAGGAGUUCAGGCUCAACCCUUUCUGCUCCCUCACAAUUGAGGAGCGUUAGCUAUUUUAAUCAGAGUUUUGGGGCGGCCCAGAUGAGGGUUAGAUCUCAGGAUCAGUGGGAGAGAGGUUAUAAUAUUAAUGAGGAUUCAUCGCAAAGAAGGGUCUUGUUUCCUGGAGUUGGAUUAACAAACGAGAGUUCGUUCAAUUUUGCUAGUAUAAGUCAUGCGAAUGUGAACGCUAUGUUACAAGCUAAGCAAGAGCUGCGUGAAACGGGCCUUGACGUGGUUGCGGAAGGGGAGGCGAGUAUGGGACGAAAACGGCGGCAGGAGGAAGAUCUGCCGCCGUCAGCUGUUGGAACACAGAUGGGAAAUUACAUGUUACAGUCGAGCGCGGGGUCCAUUCCGGCGAGCCAAGGUCAGACUCCGGCGACAACGUUUCUUAUGGUGGCGAAUCCUGGUUGUAACCAGGUGACAAAUGGUGAAUCUCUGUGGACGUUUCCUUCAAUUGGGAAUUCUAGUAUGUAUAGAGGAAGUUCAGUGGCUAAUAGCGGACUGCAUUUUAUGAAUCUUCCAACACCGGUGGCGCUCUUGCCGGGGCAACAACUGGUUAUGAGCAAUGGAGGGGGCAGCGGCGGCAGCAGUGCCGGUGGUGUCGGCUCGAUGGUGGAUGGUCAUUUUGGCAUGCUUGCAGCUCUUAAUGCUUUCAGGACGGUUCCAGGUGGUGGAGCCAUGGAGGCCCAAGGGAGCGGCCACGGCGCAGGCGGCAAUGACCGACACUCCUGAAUUAUGAUCUGUAAAGUAUAUUACUUGUGCCCUAAUAUUAUUGAAUUUCAUCAAAUUCUUGAUAUUUGGAUAUACCAUUGUUUAGUCUAUAUAUGUCAAUGGUUAGUUGCAGCACUAGGUUCUAGAUUUGCUUGAUCAGCUGUGAGGAAUCAUUUCAGGUUUAUCAGUUUGAUUGCGUGAA